AUGAAGGCAAAGUCUCGAGCCCACGAUCAGGGGUUCACACUGGAAUACAUGCAACAAAAUGUUACACCAUCCUCUGAGGUCUCUGAUAUGACCUUGACGAAUCCUAAUGCCACUGUGACCCUGAGUGAUACUUGUUUGCCUGCCGGUACACUGCAGUCUGCACCAAUAGACACACCUCUGGUGGAACACGAUCCAGGUACUGCUGCCAAACAAGAGGUUGAACCAUCUGGAACAAUGCUGGAGUUUACCAAUGCAGCCCCGGACCAAGAGCAUUUGCGACAGCUGCUCGGCCGUGCACUCCAUGAAACAUCAUGCGCAUCUGACACCCAAGCUCUUCAAACAGCAUCCUCUGAGUCUGUUUCAGCCAGUGCUGAGGCUGACCCAAACGAGAUAUUUGCCAAACUUGUGCAAAAGGGUGCUUUCAAAAUCAGCGAGCUGAGGAAGGAUGAUAUCAUGACAGUAUAUCAUCCCAAGAGCAGCUUAGGUGCUCGCAUUGAACACUUCGAAGAUUUCAGGGCACGCUCCGAAGCACAAGAUGCAGUCCCUCAAGAUGACAACCCAGAUGCAAGACCAUGGCACCCAUUUGUUACCUGUCUUGACUUUGAGUUUGCAGCAUUGACUGUUGAGGCGCAUCUCAAUCACAGUCAAAUUGACAUCCUUCUGAGCAUUAUCAAGAAAGUUGCCCCCAACUGUGCAUUGUUCACACUUCGCUCUGUUAGCGAUCUUGAAAAGGCAUGGAAUAAUGCAUCCAAACUACGCACAAAUUUUGAGAAGCAUGAGAUCUCUGCAAAGUACAAACACCAGGAGUUCACAUAUGAGCUAUAUGCACGUCCUCUCUGGAAAUGGGUUGAAGAUGAGCUGCAUAACCCUGCUCUAUUGCCAUACAUAUACUGGGACUCUUGCAAGAUGUACAAGUACAAUGACAAAACUAGGCUGUCAUCUUUUGGCACAGCAAAAGGCUAUCCAGUCAUGGCAGGUAUUACAAACAUCGCUGCCUGUCAACGUAAUGGGUCAGGAAUUGGCAGUGGACGCAUUGUUGGCUGGCUUCCAAUAGUUCCUGAAGAUGCUGACAAAAAGGGCAAGACUACAUUCACCAACUUCAAACGACGUCUUUUGUAUCCUUUCAUUCACAUAUUGUCUGCAGACUAUGAAGAACAGUCUGUUAUGGCAUUGACAAGAGGAAAUAAUGGGCUGAAGCCAUGUCCUGUAUGCAACAUAUCACCUGAACUUCAGUUCAAAGUUCGUGCUAUACAAAUUCGACGAAGGGCCGAUAAUGUAAAGACCGUGGUGUUGGAUGAUACACUUAGCCGUACUCACAAAAAUGAGCUUUUAAAGCCUUUGGGAUUGCGAGCAGAGCAAAAUGCAUUUUGGCUUGUUGCCAAUUCUGACCCACAUGAGGCCCUUUCAGUUGAUCGGCUACAUGCCAAUGCUGGAGGAUUGAGCUCAAAUCACCUUUGGCCAACUUUCCAGGACUGUGUUGAGAAAGCACUAGGCCGCUCUGCUAUGGGACAAAUUGACCAGCAAAUGGCAUCUCUUCCAUGUUGGUGUGGUCUCAACCACUUUGCAACAGUCAUGAAGGUUCAUUUCACAGAUGGUACCAAGUAUGAGGAUAUAAUGAAGGUGCAGUCUACUAGCAUAAUGUCAAUUAUAUUUGCAGUACACAAUGUAGUCACUGAGUCAGCAGAUCCACAAGGCUAUCUACUGCUACGUUGCAUGCGAGCUUAUCUGGAGCAUGAUAUGCACCUUGCUUUGGAGCUGCACACAGAGCAGACCAUUGCAAGUGGCCAAGCUUGGCUUACACACUUUUCAGACUUGAUUGAUGUGAGUGCAAAUAUUACUUUUUUGAAUGUUUGUGCCAAUUUAGUCCAGAAAUACUCCAAGAAAUACCCAGGGAAAAACUGGAAUUUUCCAAAGUUCGAUGCAAACAUGCAUGCAUACGAUGACAUUGAAGACAAAGGGUGCACUGGCCAAUACACUACAAAGACCUAUGAGAAGCGACAUGGUCCCUCCAAGCAGUCUUACUGUUACCAAACUAAUAAGCGGGAUUUUGUGCCUCAGAUCCUUAAAGUUGAACAUCAGUCUCUAGUUGCAAUGAAUAUCAGGCACAAUAUUGAAGUUUGGGAUGAACUGCACCAAGAGCCUGAAGAGGACGACAAGCCAACAGAUCCAAGAUUUAACUUUGGCAAGCUUCACUUAGGUGCUCCACAGCAACCGUCGUGUUUUGAGGCAGUAGAGAAUGCACAGUUCAUCAACAGGUACUUGCUACCACCAGGAUCCCCAUCUGUGCAUUUCCGUGCAUCUGACUCAAUUACAGAGUGCCGGUUUCUAAAGGUUGAUUAUGAAUCUGCAGUGACAUGGUGCACUCUCACAGACUAUCUUCGCUGUAAUCCAAAUUUCUACGGGCACCCUCGCUAUGAUGGAGUGAUUUUGGACAUCGGAAAUGACACUGUCAUUUUCGGAAAGCUCCUGCAUGCGUUUAUAUGCCAGAUCGGUCAAGACCUCGAGCCAAUCGCCUUAGUAUGGCCUCUCGAUGCACCUGUUGGUGUACACCUGCGAAAGGAUAAGCACCUUGGAUUGUACUGUGUACAUGCUAAACCUCGCAUCCAAGCAGAGUUCUUCUCGUUGCGGCCACUUGUUCGAGGUGCCGUACUGGUUGAAGAUCCAGAUCGAUACGGCGACUUCUUUGUUAUGGAUGUUGUCGAUACCGAUAUGUUCCUUCGAGUGAAGGCAAUCUUUCACAACUUGAGCUCUGUUAAUAUAAGUAGCAGACUUCUUAAAGGCUCAGCUCCUAACUAUACUAUGUCUACAUCCUCCCCUUAUUUGUUUUGGAGUUCCCAUAGAACUUACGGACAAGCAGGAUUGAUUGCUGGAGCAGGCACAGACCCCACGCAGCGACAAAGCAAGGUAUGUGAGAGAAAAUCACCUGCCAUGCCACACCUGCAAUCGAGUGCAACUCUGUCGGUGAUAGCAGCACCAGUCCGUCCUCAAACUGCCUUCCGAUAUCCUCGAGCACGUCCAAACAAUUCUCUCGGGCCUGGUGAGGUCAAUCCUCUCCCCUGCGCCAUUCACGGCCCUCGUUCCUCUGGAGCAGGAACGUCUACAGUGACGGCUGCAAUUUCUCAACAGCCUUCUUCGAAUCCAGGUACUCCAUGCAGUCAUGCAUGUUCCACGAUCGGAAAUCCUUCCGCCGAUGCUCAGAGGCAUGUGGAGACCGAGCUGGUGGCCUAUCGUCUCUGGCUUUGUGGCAUGGCACCUGCCGCGUCAGCUCGAUGA